UGAAUAUUAUAACUGUUUCUCUGGCUGGGCAGCGGAGCGGCAGGCGCACUCUGUGGCCUCGCGGGGGGUCCUGCGGUGGCGCCCCCUGCACUUCCUGUUGGCGACCGGGGGCGGGUACGCCACGUACCGAGGGUACCGGAGCCACAAGGAGAAGCAGCUGGAGGAGCAGGGCAUCGAGGUCCCACCCAGGAUCGCCCACCCCUGGGAGACUGAAUGACGUCAUGUGCCGGCCUCUUCCUCCUCCUCCAUCGGGGACCUGGCUGUCCUUGCAGUGCCUGCGGGGCCCCCCGUGGCCCCUGGCCCUCCUCAUCCUCUCCAGGGUGUGGCUGUACCGCUCUCUGCCGACGCGGCUGGUGUCUCGGGCGUGGGGGCGGCUGAGCCGCGUGGAGCUGCCGGUCUGGCUGCGGGGCCCCGUCCUGGGCCUCUACGCCUGGGCCUUCGGGGUGGACCUGCGCGAGGCCGCCGAGGAGGACCUGCGACACUACGCCUCCCUCAGCCACUUCUUCGCUCGCCGGCUCAAGCCCCACGCGCGGCCCCUCCACGCCGCACACCCCGCCUCCGCCUCCGCCUCCGCCUCCCCCCUGGUCAGCCCCUCGGACGGCCGGAUCCUGAGCUUCGGGCGGGUGCGGAACUGCGAGGUGGAGCAGGUCAAGGGCGUCACCUACUCCCUGGAGGACUUCCUGGGGCCCCUCCCCCACACACACCUCCCCCCCCGGGCACCCCCGCCCCACCACCACACACCCUCCGGCCCCGCCUCCUCCUCCUGCUCCUCCUCCUCCUCCUCUGGCCCCGCCCCCUCGGCCUCGGACUCCGCCUCCUUCCAGCAGCGCCUGGUCUCCGGGGAGGGCCGCGACCUCUUCCACUGCGUCAUCUACUUGGCCCCCGGGGACUACCACGGAUUCCACUCCCCCACGGAUUGGCGGGUGGCCCUCCGGCGCCAUUUCCCAGGCUCGCUGAUGUCGGUGAGCCCGGGGGUGGUGCGCUGGGUGCGCUCCCUCUUCUGCCACAACGAGCGGGUGCUGCUCUGCGGCUGCUGGGAGCACGGCUUCUUCUCGCUCACCGCCGUCGGCGCACAGAACGUGGGCUCCAUUCGCAUCUACUUUGACCAGGUGGUCUUAGGCUUGAAAAAAAAUUCCUUGUUUUGAAAGAACAAUGCUUCAGUGUUUUUGGAGAACAUGGUGAUACAACAGAUAAGAGCUGGACAUUUGCCCAGAAAUUGAAUCUCAAGAAGAAAAAAAUGAGCCUGAACAAGUGUACUUUUGAAAACUCAAGCCUCUGUGGGCUACUCCCCCUUUUUCUGUUCUACAGACUGUUUAAACCCCUUACAGGUUAUAGGGAAAUGUUGGAGGUUCUUUUUUGCAGCACUUUGGAAUACAGGUGGUCUUGGUGAGUCAAGAAGAAGGAGAAGGAAUGUGAAUGAAUGUUUUGGAGAGGAGAUGGAUACUGAAAAGAGAGGACAAGGAGAGGAGUUAUUGGUUGUGGAGACUUUGUAUGCGAAACUGUCACAAGUUGGCAGUGCAAAAAAAAAAAUAUAUUUAUUUUUGGAAAAAAAUUGAUCCCAUAUUCCUGACACAGAAGGAUUAAGAACUGACAUUGAUUUUUAAAUUUUUGAUUGACAUUUUAUUCAAAAAGGGAGUUAGUGCCCAAGUGAUAAAAAGUUAUCCUUUUGAGAACCAAAGACAUGAUAUAAUUGGCUACAUCUCAUGUUGCUUCAUAAUAAUUUUGUGAGAUUUGGAUUCUGGACUUUGUGAUUUUGGCCCAACUCUUUCUAAAGGUUACGGAAAGGGAGGACUAGGACUUUUGUAAACGGGACAUUAGAUCAUGCAAAUAGGGGCAUUUUUUCCAUCGCCCCCAGCCUGGAUUUUGCCAGAUUUGAGAAGCAGCAGGAGGCUUUUCAACGUGUGUUACUAACAAAUUUUGAUCUGUUAAAGCUGAAGAAAAAGAAUGUAGCAACGAGACGGUGUAAAAGGGGAAUUGAGUAAGUUUAACACUGCAGCAGGACUGGAGUGGAAGAUUGCAUUGCAGCAAGUGGAUAGACGAUUGUUAAAUCGUUUGCGGAAAAGAAAAGAAAAAGAUGCAGAGAAGAAAGAUUUUGUUGGAUUUCAAGACAGAUGAGUGUGUUGUCAAAGGCACAACCUCUGAGGAGGCCUGCCGUGGAUGUGAGCGAAACGACUAGAGAGAGUGCUUCAAGAGCCAUACAGCCUGGAAGGAUGAGUAUUUCCCUCCCCUUCUUUUCCCUCUCAUUGUUUUUUGCUACAGGUCCUGAACUCCUGUAUGGGAUAAACCCAGAAGUCUAUGAGACAUGUUUAUUGAGAGGCCUGGGAGGGCCUAUAGGUGUUGCUGAGUGCUAAGGCUGUGAUGGAGUGUGGCAUCAGGCUGGAGGCUGUAAGGGCUGACCAACUCAACAACAUACAAUUUGCUAUUUUGACCCAACGCUCCUGGUUAGGACCUUUUGUAACGGGACAUUGCAAAUAAUUCGGAUUUUUGCCGGAUUUGAGAGACAAUGAGGGACUUUUUCAUAUGCCAUCUAACAACCUUGCUUUUUAAGCCAAAAGGAGGAUAUAGCACGGAGACAAUGUGACAAAGAAUAAAAUAAGUUAACCAUUGCAGCAGGACCAGAGUAAAAAGGAUUGCUGCAGAUCGCGAAAGAAGGCCCAUGGAGGAAUCAUUUCUCAAGAGGCCAUGGAGGGGUCGUUUGGGAGCUGAAUAGUGGCCUACCUGCCCCACCCGUAGAGAGAAGGGAUUUCAACAAGAUUGGCCGAGACAAAAGUGAUGCCGAACAGGAUGAUCGACAGAUGGGUAAUCCGUCCCCCUCCCCCGUCCCCCUCUCACUAUCUUUCUGCUUUCUGUUUCAGCUUUUUGGACUCCUGUUCCUAAAUUGGAGAUCCAUAAGGCAUUGUUACUGAGAGGCCUGUUUUCCAAAAUUGGAGAUCCAUGAGGCAUUAUGACUGAAAGGCCUGUUUUGGAAUCCAAAACCCGCAGGGGUUGAGUCUACCCCACACCACAUGCUGGGUAUACUGGGUAUGACAGCUAAAGCCCUGUGAGAGAUGGAGAUUUUCUUUACAGACUUUCCUGGACACAGAGAUUACCAGAGACUGGUUAGACACAGAGACUAGAGACUAGAUUGGACGAAAAGAGACUUUCUUCAAAUUAACUGAACAUUAUUCCUUUGAUCAAGGAAGAGGAAACACACCCCCAGUUUGACUUUAUGCCAAAGACUGAAAAGACCUGAAAGUUGGACAUGUAUGUGAAUGGCCACCUCUGGCCCUAGCAACGAAUCCAUCAUCGGAAGAAGCCAAAUGACUGGGGCUUGAUCAAAAUUCUACCUUUCUAGAACUUGAAUAAGUUUUACUGCUGAAUUGUUAGAGUGGUUAAUACUGCCAUUGAUUCUGAUUAUUAGCUUGAUAGCUUCCAUUUGCUUCCAUUGCUCCUGUCAAGAUGUAGAACUGUUGUUUUAAAAAUUGCAGAGGUGAUGUCAUUGAAUUGGUUAAUCCUUCACACCCCAUUACAGCAGAAUGGGAGAGAAAUACAUUACACAAAUUGAUAAAUGCCAUGACAGAAAGAUUGCAAGCAUGUUCACAUGGCCUUCCAAUCACACUCAGGGAUGGCCCAUUAUGGCAGGUCCACACUUAACCCUACGAGGGAGAAACACCACACACCUGCAAACAGUACCACAUUCCACUCUGUCUUCUGUAAAAAGUUGCUCCCUAAUGUGAAGUGCAACAUUUUCAUACACCUGAAAACAGCCCAUUUUCCAAACACCACACCAAAGACAACAGAUCCCAGUCAUUUUGUUUUAAGGAGGGGAGGCCUUCAUCCCCUUUAGCCCCUUUGUACAUCACUUGACUCAGCCCAAACCUCACUGGACCCUCACAAAAACCAUACCCCAAUACCCUAGAUGUGACUUCAUUGCAUUCCUGUCAGACAUACAGGACACAGACAUCUGCAACCAAGCAGAACUUGACAUGUGCAGACAACUCCACAUUACAUUGAUACAUAAAGUCGCUGGCAGGAUUGGACCAGGACUGCACUGGAUUUGUGGGAGUUGGGCAGGAAAGACACUGCCCCCAGACCGUAAUUCUUGCAGGAUGGAAAUCCUCUGACAUACAACAGCCACCUGGGCAUGAGACAAAUAAUCUGGCUGAGCCACAGUUAAAAGGUGACACAUACAAUCUUGUCUAGCUCUGAACGUUAGACAGAAUCCAACGCAUUCCAGCAAAAGCUAGAGAAACUGGCAAACUACAUGAUAAGAGGUUUGCAAUCCCUCCAACUGGGAGCAGACUCUUUCGCCAACACCCUGAUGCUACACAGAUUGGCAAUUGUACAAAAUACAACUUGUUGUCAUUCAGGACAAAUCAAAAAGGAUGUAUCCAAAAUACACCACAUAGUACAUUCAGAACUCAUAUUGGUAGAGUUCGCUCACCUCUUGACUUCCUGACCUACAGUGAGUGAAGGCACUGGUCAUGUUUGAGAUUGCAAUUGUCAUAAUGUUAUUGAUAUUCUUGUGUUGCUUCACUGUGAUAAUAUAUGCCAAUAGAGCUACGCUAUCCUUUGCAGUGGCCCUUUUAAAGACAGAAGACAUACAACUCUUUGAUGUUGUUUCCUAGUGAGAUCACAGGAACUACAUCAGAGAAUCCAGAGUUGGCAGAAACAUCCAGAGUGGAUGCGGAGGAUUGGCCACAGAACAGGGGGUCACUGUAUGGCGAUAGUCUGAUUGCUUCUUUGCUCUGUGUGUGUGCAAUCUUGAUUUUUCGAAGACUUUCAGCUUCGAAAAAAAAAAGGGAAUGAGAGGGACGUGGGUUUAAAAAGAAAUUUUCAAAGAUACUUGUAAUGACUAUAAGUCCCAUAUGUUUUGAUUGACCUAAGUUGCAAAAGGCCUGUGUUUGAGGAAGGCCUGCGCUUGAGAGAAAAUGCUGGUGUUUGGGAAAAGAGUUGUUCCAGAGAAAAGAAGUUACUUUCAAAUAAUAACAAUACAUCAAGUCAGAACCGGUUCCCAUACGAUUUCGAGCAUAUACUUGCAACAAGUCAGGGUCAGUAACAUGAAAGCACCAUUGUCUAAAGAGUUACAUGUUGUUACAGCAUAGAAAACCAAUGGGAUUGCAUGAUGGUCAAGAUGCUUGUGACGAAGACAACAUUAGACAAAUGGGGUGAAUGAUCUUUGUAAGCCAAUAAGGAUAUGCUUGCUAAUUUCUGUGGAGGUGAUAAAACCCUCGCAACCAUUUUGGAAAUUCGGACAAAUCCUUUGAUUGCAUGUAUGCAUGUAUUUGUCUCAUUGCUAUGGCCACGCAAUAAAUAGUUCUUUUGCAGUUUGAA